GUCGACCCCGGGAAUGUCGGGAACUGAACCAGAUUAACUGCUCACUGCAUCCGUCACCGGAGGCGGUGUGUGGAAUUCAGAAUGCAGAAAAGAACUCUGGAGACAAAAUCCUGUCACCUCCCUGGAAACAUUUCGAAAGCGAAGCUGCUGCAGAAGGUGGAACACGAAGUCCCUCUGAUCUUCCAGGUGUUAGUGGAGGGAGACUCUCUGGGAGGAUGAAUCGCUCCUGUGUGAACUGCCUGAAGAGUCUGCUGACCGCGCUGCACUUCCUCUGCUGGCUGUGCGGCGCCUUCGUGGUGGCCUUCGGCGAGUUCCAGAUGAUGCACUCCAAGUUCGCCUCGCUGGUCACGUCCUUCUGGCCCAUCUUCCCGGCCAACACGCUGGUGAUCACGGGCACCAUCGUCACCUGCGUGUGCUACCUGGGCAUUCUGGGGGGCAUGAGGGAGAACCGCUGCAUGCUCAUCUCUUUCUUCAUCUUGCUCUUCAUCCUCAUGCUGGUGGAGCUGGCCAUGGCCCUCGUCUUCCUGGUCUACAGCCGAGAGAUUCACUCCUACUUCGAGCGAGACCUGAUGCGCAGCCUGGAGAUCUACAGGCAGUCUAGUCCAUCUGCCAACACGACCCUGAAAGAAGACUUCGAUGCGGUUCAUUUCCUGUUUAAAUGCUGUGGCGUUCACGGUGAGGACGACUGGAAGGGGAACGUCCCGAUCUCCUGUUGCGUUGACGACCCCUGCAACUCGGCAGUACAAACCAACUGGGGACAGGGCUGUCUGGACGUGCUGAGGGACUGGUUUGCCAGGAACUACUUGAGCACUGGGGCCGGCGUCAUCACCAUGUUCAUCAUACAGUUUCUUUGCCUGUGCGUCACUGUGCCUCUGUUUUGCCACUUCAGCCGAGAAGGACUGGGCUACCAGUGACCUCAAAAAAAAAAAAAAGAAGAAGAAAAAUCUUCAACCAUGCAUACGAUUCUUUUUACUCUUUCCUGGGUGUUUGCUGCCAUUUGUCAACAAGCGAGGGCGAUGAAGGAAAAGCUGAGGAUGAAGGUGACAUUCCAGUGAGAUACAUUCUGACAUGAUUCUGUCAAAAAAAAUAUGAAGGCUGAGAGAGAAUCAUCUCCAGGGAUGCAUGGAUACCAUUUCUUUAAAGUACUGCAGUAGUACUCGUGCUAACCUUUAGCUUACAGCCUGCUGUUCAUGAGCGGACCAGUCAGACUUCAGCCAUGUUUAGCAUACAGCAUCGCUGGCGUGUGAGCCCUGAAACUCUUUAGCAUGUAGCAUUGCUGGCGUGUGAGCCCUGAAACUCUUUAGCAUGUAGCACGGCUCUGAGUUGCGUGGUGACGAUCUCUGUCUUGGGUUGUAUCUGGGAUCUUUUUCUGAACGUGCGCAGUAUCAGACCCGAUACUGGUAUUGAUGUCAGUGCAUCUCUACUCAUCACAAAAGGAAAAAAAAAAGUUUUUCCUGUGUAUCAAAAAUUCAGACUCGCAUUAAACCCAGGAUUUCCCUCAGGAAUGUGUGAGAUUUCACCUCCUCACUACAAACAAACAACCAAAUUAAUUACUGUUUGCUGCUCAACACAUGGCUUCUUCUGUAAUUCAAAUCUCUUCUUGUAUACAGUUUUUUUUCCUUUCCUCCUCCUCAAGGUGAAUAUACUGUUUUUCUGUCUCCUGAUGCUCAUGUGUGAAUUCGUUGGGGGUUUUACCCCCAGCAUUACACUCCAAGGCUUGUUGAUCAUGUGGCGAUGCUGUGUGAUUAAAGUUAAAUUGAACAUAUACUACACCUGUUUGGGAACCAACAAAACCUUUAAGCAGCUCUAUGGUGCCUUUCAAUAAUGCUAAAUUAACUGUAGUACAGAAAUUUAGUGUUAAAAGCAGCGGUAUACAACACACACACACACACACACACACACACACACACACACACACACACACACACACACACACACACACACACA